UUUUUGCUUCAGCAACUUUUCAAUGAAGGAGGCAGGUUCUUUUGGAUACAUAACACAGGUCCAAUUGGAUGUUUGCCAAGAAAAAACAUGAUGAACAAACUCACAUCUGAAGACUUGGAUUUUGUUGGAUGCAGAAAAAAUGAGAAUGAGAUUGCUCAGGAGUUUAACAACCAACUUAAGGACAUUGUAUUUCAGCUAAGAAAAAACUUCACCAAUGCCAUCUUCACCUAUGUUGAUGUCUACUCUGCCAAAUAUGAACUAAUAAAAAAUGCAAGGAACCAAGGUAAAGAUCCAUCAAAGUACAUUAGUUGGGAUGGUGUGCACUAUUCUGAGGCAGCAAACAAAUGGCUUUCCACUCUCAUUGUGAAUGGCUCUUUCUCCCAUCCACUACUUGCUACAGGGAUGCUUGCUUCUCAAUCUCCAAAACAUAUAUUGGG